AUGGGUGCAUGCGGCUCGACAGAGGCAGCAGGUGCCGACCAGCCGUCGAUGGAGGAGGUCAGUAGAUCCAAGGCGAUCGACCGGCUGUUGCGGGAGGAAGAGCAGCGACAGGCGAGGGAGGUCAAGAUGUUGCUGCUCGGUCCGGGUUCCAGCGGAAAGUCAACGAUCCUAAAACAGAUGAAGGUGAUCCACUUGUCCGGCUUCACGGCGUCAGAGCUCGAGGCGUAUCGGCAGCAGAUCUUUGUCAACGUACGAGACGGGAUGAGGGCGGUCUUUCAGGUCAUGGAGGAAGAAGGGCUUGACUUUGCGGAUUCGGGGUUGGCGGCGAAUCGAGAACUGGUCGCCACAGCUCGGGACCUGCGAGAUGGCGAACCCUUUCCCUGGCCUGUGAUCGCAGCGGUGCAGGCGAUGGCUGCAGAUCCUGCUUGCCGAGCGGUAGUAGCGCGGGGCUCAGAAGUCAGUGUACCCGAAAGCCUCCCCUACUUCCUUUCCCAGCUCUGUCGGCUAGCAGACCCUCGCUACCAACCAACGGACCAGGACGUCUUGCGGUGUCGGCAGAAAACGACAGGCGUCAGCGAGACCACGUUCAAGAACCGACACAUGGAGUACCGGAUAUUCGACGUUGGCGGACAGCGAAGCGAGCGGAAGAAGUGGAUUCACUGCUUUGAGAACGUCACUGCCAUCCUGUUCCUCGCCUCGUUGGCAGGCUACGACCAAGUGCUCAUCGAAGACCGCGACUCGAACCAGAUGCAAGAAGCGCUCAUGCUAUUCGAUUCGAUCUGCAACUCGCAAUGGUUCGUCCGGACCUCGAUGAUCCUGUUCCUCAACAAGCAGGACGUCUUCAAGGAGCGGACAUCCGUCUCGCCCAUAUCCGCUUUCUUCCCCGACUACACAGGGCCCGACCUCGAUUACCACGCCGGUCAGGAGUACUUCAAGGCACGCUUCACACGUCUAAAUCGUUCGUCCAGCAAGGAAGUCUAUACCCACUUUACCACCGCCAUCGAUACCUCGCUCGUCAAGGUUGUCAUGACCUCGGUCUACGAUAUUAUCCUGAACAACAACCUGAACGACUUCAUCCUCUAG